AUGGGCAACAACAUGGGCGGCAACAUGGGCAACAUGGGCAGCAUGGGGAUGGCUCGCAAGGGCAAGGGCGGCAUGGGCGGGAUGAGCAACAUGAACAGCAUGAGCAACAUGGGAGGUGGCGUGAUGAACAGCGGGAUGGGUGGCAUGGGUGGCAUGGGCGGCAUGUGCGGCCAAGGAAUGCAGGGCCAGGGAAUGCAGGGCAUGGGUGGCAUGGGCAACAUGGCCCAGGGAGAGAAGGGAAAGAUGGGUGGCUCGGGUGGAAUGUGCGGAAUGAACAUGGGAGCCAUGGGCAAGGGUAUGGGGAAGCUCAUGGGCAAAGGCGACGCGAAUGGCUGCGGCAAUCAAGGCGGCGUGCUUCGUUCUUUCUACCGAUCUGAGCCGAAGCUACCCCGACAUGCCUGGUAA